AUGUGUCAGUCUGGUACCAUCACAAGGAAUUAUCAGGUGGCUGCUUCCCGGGAGAUAAACAGAAACCACAAGUUCAUGUGGAUUACUUUGAUCCACGGGAAGACAGUGAUGAAAUCCUUGCAGGUCUCUUCUAUUAGCUUUCCUCAGCUGCUGAGGGGGAAAGGGGGUGCAAAGAAAGGCUGUGCCUGUUCCCAGAGGGUUGCGACAGUGUGGCUGAAUUUGCUACAAGGGCAAGACGAAUGCAAUGCUGUACAAAUUUGCUACAGACACUCGCAGAAACGGAAUCUUGGUAUUUCUGAAGCUGUUCGGCCUUCCACGUUCACCCUUUUGGACUUCACCAGCAAUGAAGCUGUUGAAGGGGACUGUGAUGUCAAACUGAUCCACGAUAAUGGACAAUAUAAGGUGGUGCACACAAAAUGCCAUUCCUCUCCAGAUUCGAGUGAAGAUUUUAUUAGGAUGGUCCCCGAUGGCAUACGUCUGUCCCGUCUGAAUGACACUGACGUGGUGAACACAGUUAAUGCAGCACUGGCCGAGUAUAAUGCGGCAAACACCACUCAAGACUACUAUAAGCUCCUUGAGAUUUCCCGAGGGUACCAUGUGCACUUGACCGGGGGUGUCCAUGCAGAGUUUGCAAUUGUCAAUACCAAUUGCUCUGCCCAGCAUGCGAACGAACACCACGAUGAUUGCCACGUGGAGACAGGCGACCACUUACACUAUGGGUUCUGCAAAGUGUCCACUCACAAGGUCGGGGCAGAGGGAGCCGAAGAGCAUGAUGUGCACUGCACCAUCUAUGACCAUCAGCCUGGAGUUCAUCACCACCACUUGACUGAGGAGCAUCUAAAAGGGCACCUUCCACCUGCUGGGCGGGGCUUCCGUCACCUUGACUUGAUCCAUUCCCACAAUGCAACAAGCGGGUCACACUCCCAUUCGGACGAAGUCCCUCCGGUUGUGACCCCCCUUGCCAUCGUUAAGAGAGCAAUCAUUCCAGGCUGCCCUGGAAAGUAUCGGCAUUUCGAUAUAUAAAACUGGCCCUCAGAGUGCUGAGCCUGGCUUGGAAGGAGAGGCCCUGGGCCGGUAGCCCAUGAAUAAGAAGAACCUGUCAAAACCAUGGGGCCAAACUGCAAAAGAAAUCACUUCCAUAUCAUCCUGCGUGUGCUCAAUUUCUUAAAUCCACGGAAGCUUUACCCUGAUAAGUCCCAGCGUGUAUCAAUAGCCUCAAAAAUCUACCCUCUGCUAUCAUAAGGACUAUAUAUGUUUUGUCAAGUUAUUGUGCCUGGCAUAGGUUUCAAAUGCGUCCACCUUAGUUCAGAGGUAUAGCAAGGGGGGAAAGAUUGACAGGGGCGGGGCGCCCUGUCACACCAACGUCCGCCCCCGUCCUACCCCGGAACACCCCCGCCACGUCCCCACAGGGGUGUGCGCCCGGUGCGUCGUGCACCUCCCUAUCCCCUUGGAGCUACGCCUCUGCCUUAGUUGCAUCUCUCUUUUUAGAACAUGGUUCUUUUGCGUAUAAAUGAAGACUCAAAAUAGAAGAGGUGCAGGUUAUGCCAGAGGAAAUCUUAGGAGCAGGAGGAGAGCUGAAUGAAAUUUCUAUUUGUCCAGGUGGUCUUUGUCCCUCCCAUUGGCAAACAGAAGUAAUACCUUAAAGAACUGAUUUGGGGUGCUAUAUUCAGGUUCCAGGUGUCGAGUCUGUUCCCUUAUUUUAAAAUGCCCAAACGUACACAACACUGAACCACAGGUAACUUCAAAAGCUUGUCAGCCGUAUUCUUUAACUCCAAAGAUUAUGAUUCUUUUUUUCCUUCUUUUUGUAACGUCUAAAAAUGCAAUCUAACGUUGUUGUUGGAAAAUAGAGGAACCAAACACAAGUGCUUCAUAAAUAAAACAUUUGAAUCAAA